CGACGUUAUGCCAGAAUAUUUAUCCGAAUCCAAUCAAACGUUUGCAACAAUAAUCGAUCCAGUGCUUCAAACAAGUGCUAGUGCAAUUCAUAUAGGAGAUCUACAACAGAUUGCUCUACUAUACCAUAAACUACAAUUGAUCGAAUUAAAUAUAUCCCUUUGGACAACAUAUCUACGUUCAGGUACGGGCAAACUACACGACAAUGAACAACAGCCCCUACUACCAUUACAAGCAACAGCGACAGCCGGUGUGACAACAACAUCAGUGGGACCGCAUAUUUUGACUUGGCCUCAAGAACUAAAAACCAUAAUGCUUGCCGAUCCCACAAUGAAAUUCCAUGCAAAUGAAAUUGAUCAUGAUCAAUCAUUAAAUUAUGUGAUGAAAAUGUUACGUUCAUUCCGAGAACAAAAUACUCAUUAUCAACUGCAAUUAAAAGAAAGAAAACAACGUUUAAAUAAUUGCUUUACAAUAGAAAUGGAACAAGUGAUACAAAGUUUUGUUCGAACCUAUGGUACAAGAUCACAUCGUUUACACAU